AUAAGGAUCAACGUUCGUAGGCAGUCAGACGCAUCAGAAGAAAAAGAUUUAUCUAGCUUGUUAUCAUGGAAAAUCUGAAUGUGUCGGAUGAUGCAAAGACUCCUGGACCGGGUGCCUCUGAAGGUAUUCUAACGCAGACAACAACGAUUUAUGACUACCAGGAAAGUACAGAAUCAAGUACUUUAGGAAAUGGAAUGGUGAUUCCUCAUUCGGAGCUUGGGCCGUGGUCUACCGGCCCAUUUAUCUGGUCCAGGUAUCUCAUUUUUCAAACGAUUACCGCAGUUAUCGGCAUCAUAGGCAACGGACUUGUCAUGUUGGUGCUUUUCCAAAGAAGGGCUAAGCGACGUUCGACCGAUACCUUGGUCGGCGGACUUGCCACAGCCGAUUUUCUUACAUCCAUCUUCAUCCUCCCUGUCCCAAAGGCAGCUACAGUUCCUGUGAACUGGCUGGGUGAACUUUAUUGCAUGAUACAAGAAACGAAAAUCACCAAAGAUAUCUGUGUCACGGCGUCAAUCUAUCUCCUAGUCGCCAUAUCAUUCGAGCGUUACAUCGCCAUUGGUCAUCCUAUUUAUUUCAACCGUUUCCUGACACGUGGACGCGUGGCUGCAUCCAUUGUCAUCAUCUGGUUCUUCGCCAUCCUUACCUCUGUGCCUCGCAUCUUUACCAUCACUGUCCGCAGCGUGGACAACCGCGGCACGUUGGGGGUCUGCUUUUAUAAGCCUGUCGGCCGAACAAAUCAGAUCACUCUCUCCUUGUACCUCUUCUGUCUCCGUAUUUUCAUCCCAACGGUGACGAUGUUGGUGACGCAGAGCCUCAUAGCCAAGCAUCUCUAUCGACAAGGCCGCAGGUUUCGUGGGAAAAAGGAUACAUCCUUCCACGAUGUUGCCCGGCGGCGUGUUGUCAAGUUGAUGCUGAUCGUCAUCAUCACCUACAUCAUCUGCUGGGGCCCAUCUCAAGUGACCGUCUUUCUCUUCCUCUUCGGAAUCCUCCCACCAAGCUUCAGACAGAGUCCAGCAUGGAUCAUCAUCUUCAUGCUCUCAUUCUUCAACUCCUGCGCCAACCCGAUCAUCUACGCCAUCAGGUUCAAGGAGUUCCGAGAAGCAGUGUGGGCUUUAUUCAGUAGGCAGAGGCGACCGCUGACCGCUAUCUUCGAACAGGAAAAGAGAAACAACAACACUGAUAAGCCAACCCGACUGACCAAUGUGAAGACGGAUGGAUUAAACAACACAACGAUUCCGGCCCAGUCAACAAAUAGUGCUGGCAUCGGAGGUGCGCGUAACAACGCCAACAUCCGUGAACAGUAAAACAGGUGCAGUUACGCUAAAAAGCAACAAAUCCUUGGGGUGAAAUGAAAGUACUGCUACUUAGGGCUCGUUUCCUAUCCAGGGAUGGAACUGAAUGGUAUUAAAUCCACUUGAUUUAUAGACCCGAGUUGCACGUCCUUUUUUGAGGGGGGGGGGGGUCAAAAAUAGCUUUGGGUAUUGGGGCAUAAGAGGGUGUAGAAAUGAAGGGGAUUAUCAUAUCGCUCUCUUAAGAAUAAUAUUAUAUAAAUUUUCUUUAUGAUGAAAAUUGCCAAUAUCUUUAUAACUGUUAAAUUUGGUCAUUUUAAACGUAUGGUAGAAUAUACAAUGGAUUAUAUUAGUUUGGCGGGAGGGGCGGUAACCUUAGCCUCUCAAAAAUAAAUUUCAGUUACUUUUAUGAGAUGGAGCGUAGAAACUGAGC